ACCUCAGUAUAACUGUUCCAAGUGUCUGAAAACGCACAAAUGGACGAGCACAAAAGCCUUGAGAACUCAGAGGUUGCUGAUGUUGACAGAGAGAAAAUAAAAGCAAAGAAGGGUAAGAGCCGAACAUGGGUUAAGGAGGGACCACGGGACCCGUUUGAAAUGCUCGACAGUCUACCUGAACGGAAGCAACAGGAGAUCCAGAAGGCACUGCACCUCUUUUCCUUGGGCCAGGGUCCACCCAAAAACCUGAAGGAUGCCCAAAAACACAACUUCCACUUCUGGAAUACCCAACCAGUCCCUAAAAUUGGUGAGGAGGUGGAUUCACACGGACCUAUACAGGAGAAGCUGAGUGUUCGAGAUGAGUGCUAUUCUUUGCCUGAGAGUUUCUGCUGGGACACACUGGACCUCAAAAACCCAGAACAGUUGGGGGAGCUGUGCACCUUUCUGAAUGAGAACUACACAGCAGAUGAUGACAACACACUUCGCUCUCAAUACUCCCCACAGUUCCUGCAGUGGGCUCUGUGUCCCCCGGGUUGGCAGCUUGAGUGGCACUGUGGAGUGAGAGUAAAAUCCAACAGAAAACUAAUGGGCUUCAUUAGUGCCAUUCCAGUCACCGUUCAAAUAUAUGAAACGGAGAAGAAAACGGUGGAGGUGAGUUUCCUGUGCGUACAUAAGAAGCUGCGAUUGAAGCGUAUGGCUCCUGUCCUCAUCCGUGAGAUCACCAGGAGGGUCCACCUUCAGGGACUUUUCCAGGCAGUCUACAGUACCAGCUCUGUUCUUCCAACACCGGUGUCAAGCUGCAGGUACUGGCAUCGAUUCCUGAACCCGCGCAAGAUGAUUGAGCUGAAUUUUAGCUCACUUCCACGUAAUAUGACUCUGCAGCGAGCGCUCAAGCUGAACCGACUGCCUGAGAUGACAAAAACCGCCGGCCUGCGUCUCAUGACCCUGGCUGACCUACCAAGAGUUCAAACUCUUCUGAAAGAGUACUUGAAAAAGUUCCAUCUGUUCCCUGUUCUAAACCAGAAAGAGGUGGAGCACUGGUUCCUGCCCCGAGACAAUGUCAUCGACACCUAUGUGGUGGAGGGUUCAGACAGAGUAAUAACUGAUAUGGUUAGUUUCUACACCUUGUCCUCAACUGUUCUGAACCACUCGGCCUAUCGCAGCCUGAAGGCGGCCUACACUCUCUACACAGUCAGCACUGUUACCCCGCUGCAGCAGCUCAUGGAGGAUGUUCUCAUCAUGGCCAAAUCAAGAGGGUUUGAUGUGUUUACUGCUCUGGAUGUGAUGCAACAUAAAGAAUAUUUGGAACAUCUGAAGUUUAUUCAAGGCAACGUCAGUAUGCAUUAUUACCUUUACAACUGGAGAUGCCCCAGCAUAUGUUCAGAUAAGAUUGGCAUGGUGUUGAAGUAGAGCCACCAGAGUCAAGUCAUCAAAAAAAGCUCAACAGAUGUUUGCUUGCAAGACCUUUAAUAAACUGAUCAACUUGGAUGGUGUUUAAUAGGCUGUAUACUGUUCAUUCACGUGAUGGUGAGGACAGUCAGUGAAGAGGCUUCAGUGGUGGCAGCUGUAAUUCAUUAAAAGAUGCAUAUUAGGAGUUUGUUAAUGUUUAAAAGAAUCAAAUCUUAAU